UUCGAAUAACUACUGUAGUUGAGGUAAUCCAGGUCUUAUAAUCUUCACAGCUGAGGAUGCAGAAAUAUGUUUAUUCAACAAAUAAUAUAGGUAAUCAAGAAAAACAAAAAAAAUUAGUUGAAUUUCAAAAUGUUCAAAAACAAAAUUUAAGUUUACAUUAAUUAUUGGUUAAUGAAACGGAAAAUUACUGACAUCAGCAUGCUCAAGAAAAGAAACAAUUGUUUAAUAAUCGAGUGUCCUGCACAAAUCAGAUACAAAAACUUGAAUCCUUUCACUUACGCACCGGUUCCACCUUGGCAGCCCCAGCCUCCAUUCUGGUACAAAACACACUGUGACACUGAGAAAUACUACGGCAAUCUCCAGAAAAAUAUCAACGAGUACAGCUUUUCAAAGCUGCCGCAGCCAGAAAAGUUUCUGACGAUAUUUGAAGAAUUGCAGAUCGAAUGUCCUGAACGUUAUUUGCCUGGUGAAAUCCACAAACGCAAGACACCCAAGGAACCCGUCACUAUGGCAAAUAUGGAUUGUUCCAAAGUGUGGCAGCCCAAGACUGAUGUAUUCUACACAGAAUUUGACUCGCAAACUUUGGAAAACAGACCGCUGCUAGAAGAUGAUAUUCUAGAACAGGCUGAGAGAUCAAAAAAUAUUUUUGACAAGACGUUAAGAAACGUCGUAUCAGAAUGUGUAUGAAUGUGUAAGGAAAACUAAAAGUAAAUUGAAAAAAUAUAUUGUUUUAAAUGGAAAAUUCUGGAUAUCCCAUUGAAAAUUGACAAAUGGAAGGUCAUUAAUCUAUAUUAUUACUCAAUAUUUUUACAAAAUAAUCCCAAUACAAACCUUGGAAAAUAUUUAUUUAAUUGCUGUUCUUCACUGACAAAAAAUAUUAGUAAAUAAAACUAAUGAAUGUCAUGAACAAAAUAAUUAUACAUUUCAAUAGUAUGAUUGCCUUUGAUGAGUAUUGCAUAAACUAGAUUAUGAGAGCUGCAAAUAGUAUGUAAAUUAUAAUUUCAAAAUAAACGAUGAUAUUGGUGUUUGUUUUCUAUGAACAAAUGUUGAUGAUUAUAAAUUUAAUUUAACUAUUUUAUUGGGCACUUAAUAAGAGCUCUUUGGUUAAACUUCCGUCUCUUUACUAAAAAUGCUUUUUCUAAACUGGUGUACUUCAAAAGUAGAUCGUUUAUGGAAACCUAGAUUUAAAACUACCAAUUACUCAAAAAACUGGCAAGAUUAUAAAUUUAAUUACCAUAAUUUUUACGAAUAACGUAAUAUCAUUCUAGUUGAACAAUUUGCUUGAUAUUAUUCUCAAGAGUUCUUCCUGAAACCAUCAUGCUGAAGCUUACAAAAUAUGUGAAAACAUUAUAAAUAUUUGGUCUAUUCAACAAAUACAAUACCACAUAUUGCAACAGAAUACAAAUACUUCAGCCUUGUUUCCAUUACUACAAAUUCCAAAAAUGUAUAUCGUUUCAAUUUAAGAGCUCGGAAUAGAUUAUUACUAUUCUAUACAAUUGAAAUGCACUAUAUAGAUUUCUAUUCUCCAAAGAUUAUUAUUAUAGGGCACUAAAUUGUAGCCUACAAUGUGUUUCAUCACAAUAUUGGUGGUUGUUUUUAAUAGUCCCUCGUAAACAAUGCCAAACUGCUACGCAAUAAGAAAAUGGAUUGCUAGUUUAAAAAAAAAAUUGGCAUUAUUUAUGUAAUGGAAACCGGCCGGCCUUUAGUAAGAACUAAUAUUGAAACAUUUUACAAUUUGUCGAAAGAAUUGAGGCAUGGAAUUACAUUUUACAAAUUCGAAUUACAUACAUCAUCGAGUAGUUUACCAAUAUAGUUUCAACAUAAUAACUAUUAAUAUUUAACAACAAAUCAAGAUCGAUGAUAAAAAAGUUUAUUUUUAUAGUCAGAAUGACUAAUGAAAUAAGGUGGAAUGACCCCGAAUGUAAUGUUUUUAAAAUUUAAUCAAUUUUUCCUAACAUCAAUAAUGUACAAGUUACAAGGGCCUAAAAUAAGUACAUACAUUCAACAAACCUAACAUCCAUUCUUGUCAGUUUAUAGAUAUAUACUAACGUGACAAAGAUAACAUAUUCACAUAACAAUGUCUCACCAUACACGAGCAAACGUCUGGGAUUAGUCUCGAUCGACAAUCAAUACUUGAUCGACGAUUACUUAAUCGAUAAACAGAAAAACAUCUAAGAGGCACAAUCGAUUACGGCGCGUUUUGGAGUUAUCUGAUAAGACCAUCUGAGAAUUUGGGCAAUAUCUCACUAGGACACCCUUUAUAUUGCUAAAGUAUUACGUCGUGGUGGUUCGGAGGCCACACAAAACCAGUCAAUCAUAGUUAGGAUUUUCAUAGAAUGUUAUUUUAAAUAGUAAGUGAUUUUAACAUUAUCAAUAUGGAUAUCUACCGCAACACAGAACGAUUCACAGAUUAAUGAAAUAGUUGGGGAACCAACAGGCUUGAGACUAAAAAAGCCUUUCUCCUAAAUUUUCAACCACAAGUCCACCCAAGCAUUCAUUCUAUUAUGCAUGCAAAAAAUCGACAGAAAGAUUCUGCCUCCAUUUUGUGAAAUACUGAGAUCAUUUCUGAGAUCGUAUUCAACUUUAUAUAAUAUAAUAGAAUUAUGCCUAUCUUCCAUUUAUUUCUAAAGGGCUACUUGAUUUAUUUUAUUUUUUAAAUUACUAUAGAUAAUGUGAAGAUUGGACAGUAACGUCUACUCUAUCACUAAAACUUGAAUUGUAGAUUAAGGUCACAAAUUUCAAGUGAGAGCUUGAAAGUAUAAUUUUUGAGAUCGUAUUCAAUGGAAUUUUGCUGAUUAUUGAUUCAAUUCAAGCGUUGGAAAGCAAAUUUGGUGGGAUGAGAAUUUAGAACAUCAUACUAGACAUUG